UCAGUGUUUAUCGACUCAUUUCUUGUCGUGCCGCGAUACGAAACUGUCGAUAUGAGGUAUCUACUGGGUGUGUUGUUACUGGCGUCGUCUGUGCUGUGUGAACGUAAUGACUAUGUAGAAAACUCGAAGUUAGGAAGGAGCUACAAGUUGAUGUACAACGCAGCGAUAUGGCAGGAUGCGAAGCAGACUUGCUUGAAUAAUGGCGGCAAGUUAGCGGUGCCCAAAUCCCAGGAUGAGUUCAACGUGAUCCAAGGUCUGAUCCGGAAGAUGCACUAUCCCAGCAUCAUCGGUUGGACCGGCAGCAGACUACUGGCGUGGGUCGGCAUCAGCAGUGUCGACGAGCCAUCGUGGAGGAAUGUGGACGGAGAAGAUAUAGAAAUUACCGGUUUUUCGACGUGGGCCAAAGGGAACGGGGAGAAAAGCAGCAACCCGAAAGAGCCUCAUUGUGCUGUCAUGGACGCCGCCAACCCCGGCCUACGAAGCUACUGGUGCCACUACAAACAACCCUUCGUGUGCGAGUUUCAUCUCAACCCCUAAUAAAGCCAAAUACAAUACGAGUACGAGUAUACAAUUAUGAAGGUUACGCGUGAUGGGGCUGAAUUCUAUUUUCAAAUUAUAUCAUAGAGAAAAAAGAAGUAAGCAAAGAGUGCUCCAUACAUCAGUUUUGGUACCAAAAUGCUUUUUAUUUUCGUUGUCGACAUCUACCAUCGAGUAGCGGAAUUAUCAGUAGUAAAAUAAACAUAUGUCAAUAUCAUGCCACAAAAAAACUAUUAUAAAUUACAAAAAGUAAACAUUAGAAAUGUCAAUGUCAAUAUUUUGAAUCCUACUUAUAUUAUGUAAACGUUAGGUGAAGUUGAAUAAAUUGAUAUUAUGAUAGUUUUUUGAAA